GCUUAGACCAACAAUGAACGAAUCAGACACCAUCAUCAUAAAAAUGAUAAGAGUUGGGUACAUAGUCGUCUGACUCGGUGAAACUUCAUCAGACGUGUAAUUACACUCUUUAGAAAGUGAGAAGCAACUAGCAGCGCUUUCUAUAUAUAUUAAAAAAAAUAUUAUUAUGCAGUAAAUAUUCAUUGAUAGUAUUUCAUCGUACCGGUGCUGUAUUUCUAGGGUUGAGUGUUUAAGACGCCACACUAAUUGCUGGAGUAUAAAUACCUCUCAGGUGCGCUCUUAUUAACCAGAAGCUCAGCAAGGCAGAUCUGAGGCGGGAUUAUGUCACUCAUAAGGAAGUGAUGCCCGUGAGGGUUACACAGCUGGCUUUAACUUUGCAAAGCUUCUCCACAGAGGACGUCUGUUCAGCCUCGAGUGCAAACAGGACUGGAAACCUUUGCGCGUACCGCUGGAAACGUCCCCUGCUACCAAUCAUGCCCGCGCUGCUUCUGCUUCUGUUGCUGCUGUCUGUUUACAGGGCUGCCUUCACAGAGCCUCUCCAGAGGGCUCACAGCAUUCGGAAGAGGGGUCUCUUGGAGCUGGCUGGCGUGAUUAAGUGCAGCACGGGACGUUCUGCACUCGCCUACAUCAUGUAUGGCUGCUACUGCGGGCUGGGGGGAGAAGGCUGGCCCAGGGACAAGGCGGACUGGUGUUGCCACAAGCACGACUGCUGCUACGAGAGGGCUGAGCAAGCAGGGUGCAAACCCAAGACUGACAAGUACCACUGGACAUGUGAGGACAGGGUGGCAGACUGCGAGUCGCUGAAGGACAGAUGUGAGAGAAUGCUUUGCAGGUGCGACAGGGAAGCAGCGAAAUGCUUACGCAGAGCUCCCUACAUACCCAAGUACGCAGUAUGGCCGGACUUCCUCUGUGGAUAUGACCACCCAACAUGCAGCUACUACUAGCUUACAACACAGGUCUGGAAACUGGAAAUGACACUGCGAUCGCCACACAACCUGUCAGAAUUAUCUACACAGCUUUUUAACUUUGAGGGGGGGGGGGGGUUGUAUAAUAAAAUAAGAUGUAUGCAUUGAAAUAAAAGAGAAUAUAAUGUGUGAAAAAUAAGGCUUUAAUUCUUUAUUGCAAUACAUUUCAUAUAUUUUCCAUACUGUAUUUUACCCCAUUGUGUGCAAUAGUGCU